UGGCCGGGGUCCCACCCAACCGCCUAAAAAAGCCCCAUUCUGACAAUUAUACCCUUCAAGGUGCUGACUUUCCCUUUUAUUUACUCCUCUUUUCCCCUGGCCUCGCCUCCCCAGAGCGACGACGAGUAGGGUUUUAAUCGAGGUCUUUUUAGGCUUUUUGAUAACCCACAUCAUAAGAUGGCAUCAUCAGCAAUUUCAACUGUUUCUAUCGGCUCUGUCAUUUCUUAUGGCCCUCAGGCUGGCUUGGGAUCAAAAUCGAAGCCCUUGUCCUUGAGCUUUUACUCCCCAAAAUCCUUCAAGUGUUUCAGUGGUCUGAAGGCAGCAUCAUCUGUUAACUUUGAAACAGAUGCAUCCUUUUUGGGCAAGGAGGGCAACGCCGCUCUCUGGGCUUCAGCUGUCCCAAAAAUGCAGCAGAAGCAGAGCACUGCAAAUCUCCAGCCUCAAGCAUCUUUUAAGGUGGCCGUCCUUGGAGCAGCUGGAGGCAUUGGUCAGCCGCUGGCUCUUCUGAUCAAGAUGUCUCCUCUUGUCUCGUCGCUGCAUCUCUAUGAUAUUGCAAAUGUCAAAGGAGUAGCAGCUGAUCUCAGCCACUGCAAUACUCCUUCUCAAGUCUUGGAUUUCACAGGGCCAUCAGAGUUGGCCAAUUGCUUAAAAGGAGUUGAUGUGGUUGUCAUCCCUGCAGGAGUUCCAAGGAAACCGGGCAUGACCCGUGAUGACCUAUUCAACAUUAACGCCAAUAUCGUGAAGUCACUGGUUGAAGCUGUAGCUGAUAAUGCUCCAAAUGCUUUUAUUCACAUCAUUAGCAACCCUGUCAAUUCCACUGUCCCUAUAGCUGCUGAGGUUCUGAAGCAGAAAGGAGUUUAUGACCCAAAGAAGCUUUUUGGUGUUACGACACUUGAUGUUGUUAGAGCUAACACGUUUGUUGCUCAGAAGAAGAACCUCAAGCUCAUUGAUGUGGAUGUUCCUGUCAUAGGAGGUCAUGCUGGGAUUACCAUCUUGCCCUUGCUGUCAAGGACAAGGCCAUCAGUGACGUUCACAGAUGAACAAGUGGAACAACUGACUGUGAGAAUCCAGAAUGCUGGAACUGAAGUGGUCGAGGCAAAAGCUGGUGCUGGGUCUGCAACUUUAUCCAUGGCUUAUGCAGCUGCUAGAUUUGUUGAGUCGUCUCUUCGAGCUUUGGAUGGUGACGGUGAUGUUUACGAGUGCGCAUUCGUUCAGUCUGAACUCACUGAUCUGCCCUUCUUUGCUUCAAGAAUUAAGCUUGGGAAGAAGGGAGUUGAGGCUGUGAUAUCUGCUGACCUCCAAGGGAUAACUGAAUACGAGGCAAAAGCUCUGGAAGCCCUCAAGCCUGAGCUAAAGGCCAGCAUCGAGAAGGGCGUAGCGUUUGUCCAAAAGCAGGCGGCGGCAGCUGCUAAUUGAUGCUCACAUUCUGUUCUGUCUUCCUUCUUAUCAAAUGGUCAUACAAGAAAUAACUAUGAGGUACCAGUCUUUGCAGUUUUGCAGUUGUAGUUCCAACUAGUCAUCCCUUCAAUGGGAUUUAGGAGAGGUUAAUGAGUUUGGAGCAUGUUAAUGAUAGAAAGAGGAAAAUCAUGGCUUAUUCCAUGGGGAAUGUAGCAUGCGACUUAUUUCAUCUUCUUUUUUUUUCUACACAAGAUUGAAUCUUGUUAGUGUUUUGUUCCACAUGUCAUAACAGUAAAAACCAUUGGCCUCUGGGAGUUGCAUGUCAAUUUCAAUCACGUUCAGAAUUGUCAUUUGUGA